AUGCGCAACUACUGCGACCUGCUGCGCUCCUUCGACCCGCUGCGGACGAGCUCGACGGAGUACCGGCACGAGUGCAACGUCUGUCACAAGAGCUACAAGAACAAGCGGCACUUGUACAGGCACCAGAAGGGCGAGUGCAUCGGCGUCGAGCCCAAGUUCAAGUGCGAGAUUUGCUGCAACCUGUUCAGGAGGAAGUACCACUUGUCCAGGCACAUGGUCAACCGGCACGGCGUCAAGCAGGAGAUCAAGAUCGAGAACGCCUUGACUCCGGAGGUUAAUUUGCAGGUCACCGAAAACGCUUUUCAAAGAUUCACUUGCGACCGCUGCGGUCGCUCCUACAAGCACAAAACGAACUUGUGCAAUCACAAGCGGGAGGAGUGCGGCAAGCCGCCCUCGUACUUUUGCCCCGUGUGCGAGAAGGGCUUCAAGAAGAAGCAGCACCUGCAGCGGCACCUCGUCGUCCACAGCGACUUCGACGUUACCGUCAACGAUAAAAUCUCUUCUAUUAGACAAAAUUUACCGCCACAGUUACCCUUCUAUCCCGAAAGGAUGUUCGGCUUCCCUCCCUCCGGCAAGCCCACCGGUUGAACGAAUUUUUGAAGGACAAUUUGAACUAAAUACCGGUGUAAUUUAUAUCUGAAAAUAUCGAUGCUGAGUUUCUACAGGUAAGUGAAAUUGGUGGUAGAUAAGAGAGUGCUGCAGGAAAUUGGUGCUUAAUGACGUGUAGUUUCGCUUCAUUGUCUGAAUACCUACAUAUAAUUUUGUAAAGACUAGGCAAUUGAGAU